GCCCUCUCUGUCAUCCUGUAGCCAAUGAGGUAGCAGGGGUGGAUCGCGCUUGCGCAGUAGCUUUAUUUUGGCUGUGUUCUGUCUGAUCAGGUGGAACACAGUAGGUCUGGGGUUAUCGUGUCCGAUGUGCCCGUCUGCCCCCCGCAGCUGUGGCUGCGACAAGUCCUUUUUAUUUGGUGUAGCUAAAGUCACCUGGGACUCACCAUCCCUUCCCCGGGGGUGAACUGUCCCUCAAUACAAGUGGAACCGUCCAAUAGCAGAAUGUGUGGGGCUGUCACUGUGAGCAUUAUAUAUGAGAAUGAAGGGAAGGACGGCUACUGCGCCGGGGAGUCUGUCACGGGAUAUGUCCUGCUGGAAGUGCUCCACGAGAUUCCGGUACUAAGCCUUCUCCUGCGGGUUCGUGGGGGCGCCAUGACUUGUAAGCUGGGGAAACAUAUGGAAGACGCCUCGGAAACUUUCACCGAGCAGUAUUUGAAUGAGGAGUACAACUUACUAACAGAGGCAGCAGGUGAAAUACUCCUGUUCCCUGCUGGAAAGCACAAAGUUCCCUUUCGCUUUCAACUACCAGAGAGCCCCCUUGUUACAAGUUUUGCUGGGAAAUACGGCAAAGUUUACUACCAAGCUACAGCAGUUUUGAAAAGACCAUCCUUGUCUUCUCAUACCACUCACAGAGAGCUCCGUAUCCUCAGUCCUAUCAACAUCAACGCUCCGUCUUUAUAUAUUCCUGUACAAAGAUCCAAAGAAGUAAUGGUCGGUUGCUGGUUCUUCCAGUCAGGUCCAAUAUCUGUCAAUGCCAAAAUUGGAAGAAAAGGUUAUUGUAAUGGAGAAGCUAUUCACAUCUAUGCAGAUAUAGAAAAUGGCUCCUCCCGCUUAGUAGUGCCCAAAGCUGCCAUUUACCAAACACAGAGCUUCUUGCUGGAUGGGAAGACUAGAACAGUGAGACAGAUGCUGGCUAGUGUGCGGGGGAACCACAUUGCCUCUGGAAGCACUGACUCUUGGAACGGCAAAGCACUGAAGAUACCCCCAGUAACUCCAUCUAUUCUGGAGUGCAACAUUAUCAGAGUAGAGUAUUCACUUGUGGUUUCUAUUAACAUUCCUGGAGCAAAGAAACUGAAAGUUGAACUGCCAUUGGUUAUUGGUACAAUCCCACUUAAUGAGUUUAAUUGUAGAAACGCCAGUGUUGCCAGUCAAUUUUCAAUGGAUAUGAGUUGGCUUGCCUUGGCACUUCCAGAACAGCCAGAAGCCCCACCGAAUUAUGCAGCUAUAGUGUCUGAAGAAGAUCUGUCCAGAGAUAUCUGUUCCAUCGAAGAAUUUGGAGAUAUAAUAGAAGGACUCCGCUGCCCUCCAUUUGCUGUCAUCCAGGAGUUUCGGUUUCAGCCACCACCACUUUAUUCGGAGGUAGAUCCUCAUCCGUGCCCCACCAUAGAUGGACAGAAUGUUUCCUUCACUUUGGGAAACUGAAACACAUACAUUAUACAGCUCCUUUUUGUGUCAAUCAGUUCUCCUCACUGGGUGCACAAUCCUGUGCAUAAUCACUGGGGGCACAAUCAUUAAACCACCGUUUACAACCUACGAACCUUCUACUGAAUAUGCCUUUUUUUUGUUUGCUGUGAAAAAACUGUUGAAAUUAACCAGAUGCCUACCAAACAUGAUGCUGCUGUCUUUUCCAACAUCUGUGAUUUUUUUUUUUUCAACUUGAAAGUCUUACCGAAAGAUUAAGCAGAACAUUUGCACAGAUCUUAUAUAUAUAUAUAUAUAUAUAUAUAUAUAUAUAUAUAUAUAUAUAUAUAUAUAUAUAUAUAUAUAUAUAUAUAUAUAUAUAUAUUUAUAUAUAUAUGUGUGUGUGUGUGAUGCCAACUACUUGUACUCGGAAGAAAUAGCUAACCGAGAACAACAGAUGAGAUUCACAGAUCAGUACUUCCUGCAGAUGAAGGGAAUUCCGUGCUUUAAAAGGGAAAAUGGAAUUGAAAGGGAAUUCUAUAAAUGAUAUGACGUGGCACAUUGUUUUGUGCUCACUAUCAUUAUGUGCAGUAUUUGAAAUAUUAAAGAAAAUGUCAGCGUUCUGCACGUUGGUAAUGAUACUAUUGCAUAAUACUGCCAAAGGUCCUGUUGAACAUGAUCAAUCUUUGUUUUGUUUUAUUACAUUUGUCUUACUCCAAUAUAGAUGGGUUCAGAAUAGAGUGAAGUAGAAGGACGCUUACAGAGAAGUAUAGGGGCAGACUGGAGAGAGGAGGCAGCCUGGGCUAGAGAGAGAGAGAAAAACACUAGACAGAGCAGCAGAAGUACUGCCUAGAGAGAGGGAGAGAGAGAGGAUUACUGAGAGAGAGAGAGAGGGAGAUUGGUAGAGGGACAGUGCUAAAAAGAUAGGGGAGAGAUCAGAGAGAGAGAGAUUGAAAGAACGAGUAAAGAAAAGUGGGGAGAGUUAUCUUUUCUUUACUUUAUUGGUCCUACAUUUGUCCUCUCAGCUUUGACCAAUGUUACCAACCUUGUAUGUAAAAGAAUUGGUGUAAUAGCUAUUCAGCCAAAGUUCCAAGAAUGUGGAGGCCAGCGUACAAGUGUUUUUCCAAAGUUUACUGUGUUGACCCACACAUUGGACUCCCUGGAGUGUGUACAGAACCUUUACCCUGACUGGUCUUCAGGCCGAGACAGACGUGGAGACUGAUUGGGGCAAGGAGACAGAAGACAGAGAGAGUCAGAUAAAAGGUUGGAGAUUGUGCUAAUUCCAACUAAUAUACCGGUAUGUGCUUUGCUCUUUUGCUUUCCUCUGUAAGGACAUUGAGGGAAUUUCAUUCUUUUAUCUAAUACAGUAGUUGGUUUUGAAGGGAAAAGUUUUUGCUGCCAGUAUUAUGCAGCAUUUAUUGUUUGUGAAAGUUCAGAAGUUAAUCAUAAUGUACUGUUUGGUUUUGUUAUGUACUUUGUAUAUGUGUGUGUAUAUAUAUAUAUAUAUAUAUAUAUAUAUUUCUAUAUACAUAUAUAUUUCUAUAUAUGUAUAUAUACAGUCCAGGUGUGUAUCCGCACUCUGACUCAAACAAAUGGGUGCUAUAUCAAAAUGUGGUAAAUAGCGUUAAAGAAGAUAAGCACUCCAGAAUUUCUUAUUAGUGAUUAUUUAUUCCACUGUGAAUAUCCUUGAUAAAGGUCCAAAUGUGGACCAAAACGUUGGGAUGCACAGUGGAAUAAAUAAUCACUAAUAAGACAUUCUGGAGUGCUUAUCUUUUUUAACGUUAUAUCCUUCUAAAUGGCUCUUAAUAAUAUCAGUUAUAAACGGGACUUAGUGAUGCAAUUUUUUUCAAAUGACUCCGUAAAACUUGUGUAUUAUAAUAAAUAAAAUACCUCCUGUUGGAACAUAUAAGGAUAUUAGAACUCGUGCUGACUUACAAUAUACUGAUAUUUUACAAUAGGGGGUACUAUAUAUUAGGGAUCCAGCCAAAUACCGAACCAAAUCCUAAUUUGCAUAUGUAAAUUAGGGGUGGGAAGGGGAAAACAUUUAUUUUCUUGUGACAAAAAGUCCCUAAUUUAAAUAUAGAUACUGUGACAAAUACUAGUGUAUAACUAUAGUGCCAUAAUAAAACAUAUGGUGUAAAAAAAAGUUUUUAAACUCAGGAGCAUAAUAAAUACUGCGCAGCCAAACUUUGUGAGAUAUAAUGCAGCCCCAUACUGUGGCAUAGAAUAUUAUGUCCCUAACCUUAGAAAUGCUGUGGCAUAUAUUAUGUCCUGUAAACAUACAUAUAUUGUGACAUAUAGGGGCCUAUGGGGACCUUUUACAGCAUUUUUCUAAGUUUUUGGAAGUCGAAGUAAAAUCGUUCGAUCAAACGAUUUUACUUUGACCGCAGAAUACCCAAAUUCUAUGGAAAAAGUUCGAAUUAGAUAUCUUCGAAUUUGAAGUAUUUCAAUUCGAUGGUUGAAACUUCAAAGUAUUUUUUACUUCGAAAUUCGACCCUUGAUAAAUCUGCCCCAUAAUAUCUUUUAACCAUAUAAAUACUGUGGCAUCUAAUAUUAUAUUCCGUAACCAUAUAAAAGCACAAGCCAGUUAGGAUUGACAUCAGAUGGGUAACACCCUUACAAUAAUGGAAGUACUUUUGUGGUAUUUAUUCCAUUUUGAACAUCUCAACACUUUAUUUUCUUAGGGAAAAAUUAUCUUGGUGUUUAAAUGGAAUAACAUUUUUAGGGAAUAGCCUGGAGGCCAAAACCUGCCCAGUGGGCUAUAAAACACAGCCAGGGCUCGUGCUGAUCAGAUCCCAACUUACAGACUGGUUUUGACUUUUUGGGGCUCAUCAGUGUAGUGCAGGGAAAACUCUGCUGUGUCUGUUGGGAAAAUCUGGGGCUGAAUAAUAUACUUUUGAACUGAAUAUGGCUCUAUGUGCCUAAAUGGUUUAUGGUGCUGCAUCUUUUCCGUCCUUCUUUAAGUCUUUAAUGACAUUUAUUCCAAAUCCAAACUGGUUACACAUUUAAUAACUAGCUUGCCUAUAAUAUCAGAACAUCUCCUUAAACUGAUGUAUUUGGAAUGGAAAAAAGUGCCUUACAUAAAGAGAUUUGUAUACAUUUUCAUAAAUAUAUACAUUGUGUGCUUUUGCAAAUUUCACAUUAAAGUGUGUUGGCUGUAACCAAAAACAAGUUAGGUUGAUGAACUGUAUUAAAUAAACUACAGUUUCAAUUCACUACAUUAUUGUAGAUUUUGUUAUAUUAGUGAGAAUUUUCCUUUAAGAGAUCUGUUGUCUAGAAACUAUGCUUUUAUUUGACAUGAGUUUUACAUAUCUUUCUACAUUCAUAUGUCUGCUGUCAUUUCUGAAUUUGUGGCCUUACACUGUCCCCGUUAAAUGGCAGAUUUAUUUCUCUAAAUGUAUAAAGUGUUCCUCUUUGAUAUCUUGUUGUUAAACCCCAUGCAUUUCUAUUUGCACAUUUCUCUUACAAGCCUCUUGUCCAAAAACAGGCUGGUGUUUGUAACUUAUAUGAAUCCUGUGGGUUCUUGUUUUAUCAGAAAUAAAGAGAUUUACUUCA